AUGGGCAGGGGCCAUCAGGGGAGAAGUCUCCGGCCUUUUCACGUCUCUCAACACUAUCCCUCCCUCACCCCGCCUCCUCCUUCCCCGAAUCCUAAACAGGCCCGGGGGUGGAGGGGAGUGGUCUGGGGCGGGGUGGAGGGGGGGGAAGAGGGGUCCGGGGGCAGGCCAGGCCGGGCCAGGAGGCUCGGCCUUUGUGGCUCUGUCCUCGACGGCGGGGGGGGGGAGGGGAGCCAGAGGGGGUGGGGAAGCGGGCCGGAGACCCUCAGCCGGGGCUUGACCCCCAGGUGCAUUGUCCGGCGGGGCCCGCCCCCUCCCCCCGGGGCCGCGACCCGGCCGCCACUGGGCCCCCUCCCAGCGUCUCCCUCCGCGGCCGCGCCGACCUCGCGGUCCCCAGACCAGGGGCCAGAUGUAGAAAGUAGUCCCGAGGCCGGCAGCGGCGGCGCUGUCCACUCCACCGCCCCCGCCCUCUCCAGCCGCCGCCUCACUCCGCCCCCGGGCCGGACGCUCGGGCCCCCCGCCUCCUGCGAGCUGGUGUCCGUGCGCCGGCCUUGCCGCGCCCAAAGAGACCAGCCGCCGGCCGCGCCGUGCCACGCCACGCCGGUGCCCGAGCGGGAAGCCCAGGCUGCGCGCGUCCAACCGCCGCGCGGAGAGCGCCCGGAGGAGGGAGCCGGCAGGCGGACAGCGGCUGCGGGGCGGCCGGGGAGCAUGCCCACCCAACCCUGCUGA